UGGAAAUAGGAUUAGUUAAUAUUUUGUUGAAACAUUGAUUUAAGCAAUCAAAAUAACUCUUGAAAUAUUAAGUUUUCGAAUAAUAUAUUCCUUUCAUCUACAAAUAAUAAUAGUAAUAAUGAUCAAUAGAUUCGCUAGAGAGACACAGACUUGACCCAUAUCAUAGGUGCAUAUAUGAUUGCCAUUAAUUGAUGAUUUAUGAAAGUGUGUAGUUAGGCAGAUUAAAAAAAUAAAUUAAAUGAAGAUCAAACUUCUGAGCUUAAAUCAGGCAAUUACUUUUAAUGAAUCAAUAGUGGAAACAACGAUAUCGAAAUAAACAAAGAAAAUACAAAAAAUUCAUUAAUAAGUAGAUGACAGAAAUCAAAUUAUCAAAAGUUAUGCUGAUUUAAUUCACAAAGCUAACAUAUCUAUAGUUACAUCGCUAUCAGAAAGGUCUAUUUACCUUCGGGAAUACUUAAACCUAAAAGCAAUUAGUAUUCAACAUAAUUCUACCUUACAUGAGUACAUUGAGUGGUUAAAGAAUUAUGUGAAAUCUGCCGAAAUAGAAAAUCUUUGGAAUUUGAGUUUAAAAAUCAUUUAACACUAAAUGAAAUAGUAAUUGGAAUUAGAUAAUUUAGGAUAUGUUUGAUUCAGACUGGAUUGAGUUAUAGGUAGGUAGGUUUAUAAAGGAAGUCCUGGAUUUUUUUGUAAUCUCGGUGAAGUAUUAAUCGGCACAUUCUCUAUAAAUUAGCCGAAUACAUACUAAUUGAC